UGCUCGCUUUCGCAACAGGUGACGGAAUCUCGACUGAUUGGGUUUAAAAAGCGACGGGAGAUCCUCAACGGGAAGCCCGGUAGCGGCUGCGACCUUUUUCCGCGUGCAAACGCCCUCGUGGAAUCUCUGAAGGAGUAGGGUGGUAAGAGAGCAUCAGGGGAUUUCGGUAGGAGUCGCGAAAUGAGUGUCGAGGACGCCAUCAAUUACUCGCCCAGUGAGGAGGAGGACUAUUACGCUCUGUUAUCUUGUGACGAGUCUUCCACGGUCGAGCAGAUUACAGCGGAAUAUAAGGUAUUAGCACUGCAGUAUCAUCCAGACAAGAACGAUGGUGACAAGGAGGCCGAAAAGAAAUUUCAACAACUAAAGUAUGCAAAAGAAGUUCUAUGCGAUCCUGAAAAGAGAAGCAAUUAUGAUAAAUGGCGGAAUAGCGGUAUUAAGAUCAGUUACAAACAAUGGGUCGGUAUGAAGGAGCAUGUGCAGCAGACUAUGCAUUGGAGCACACCGAAGACAAAGGACAGAAUGCUGCCGGAUACUGAAGAGGCAGGUGGUUCACCGGCUCACCUCAAAGGUCACCCUACAAAUGCGCACAGGAGGGCUUCAGAGGGUGGUGCCAUGAAUCUCUACUAUCGUUCGGGCCAUGGCGUUCCGUUCUAUCAGGAGUCCAACGAGGUUGUCAGUAAGUUUCGCAAUUACGAGAUUUAAAAGGUCUCCAACGUAAUUCUCAGAACCGUUUCCAUUGUACUGGAUGCUCUUAUGACAACAGGAACAUGUUGCACGUUAGACAAAUAUCUACCUGUAUAUGAGUGUACGGGGCGUUGGUCGGAUCGUGUUGGCGUGCACAUAGAUGCACAUUCCUCAUAAAAUGGCGAGAGGCGCGUGAGUUUCGUUAUUCAUCAUCGAGCAAUUUGUCACGUUUCUUUCCACCCUGUUUACAUGCGAUCUUGCAAUC